AUGGUGUUCCGGGCGAACUUGAAUCCGAAUCGUUCAGACAUCCAAAUCGGUAAAGACUACCAAGCAGAAAUACCAGAAAUACUGGACUUCGACGAGGACUGUUUUGAAAUAGAAACUAGUCAGCUUUUAUGGGACCCAAAGGAAAACACACUCACUGAGGAAACUUUCAACACAUAUCUCGAAUAUGCGGCGACUAAAAAUUACAACGAGUUCCAAGCGCUUUGUUUGCUGCAUAAUACAAAGAUGGAUACACAAAGAGCUGUGUUUUUGAUGGAUUCUUAUGAGCCGGUAGGGCCGAUGGAUAAAUGGACACAGCAAGAAGCAAGCUUGUUCAAGUCGGCCUAUGCACAAGUCGGAAAGAAUUUUUCCUCUAUGAAGAGCCUCUUCUAUAACAAAACAGUCAACGAGCUAGUCGAGUUGUACUAUCAUUUGAAAGCAACGAAACAAGUCAUUUCGCCAAAAGAGACAGCGAAGAAAACGACAGUAUUUCCAGAAGCUGUUUUGGGGAAAGCAAAGACAAAUAGUUCGGACUCAUUUACUCUCGAACUGGAAGAACUUGGAGAGAGAAUAGUGAAUUCUGGGACAGAAGUUAAUCUCGAGAAAUUUGAUGAGUCUGAUGAAAUCGUUGAGCGGAAAAAAGAAAUUAUCGAUACCAACAAGCGAAUAAUGGCGAUAAAAGAAACAUAUCUUGCGCUGAAAGAAACGAAGGACUUGGUUCUUGAGACAGCCUUGAAAGACAACGGUUCUUUGAUAAGAGAUAAACAUGGCGAGCUUGCUGUCAAAGAAGAUAAGCAAGUGAUCAAUACAAUUCGCUGGGAGCACAGCGAAGUUGAGUGUCUCCGAAAAGGCCUGGCUGAUUUUGGUCGAGAUUGGGAGACGCUCGCGCGCAUUGUCAAAAGCAAAAAGUCAUCCCAACUGAAAAAUUUCUUCGAGCAGCAAUAUGAAAAGCUCAAUUUGAUUGAAGAUUAUCGCAAAUUUUUGAGAUCAGAAAAUGGAAGUGACAGAGAGAUCAUCGCGGGCGACUCUGGUGGAGCUGCCUCUCCACCAAGAACGCAUCAGAAUUCCGGCGACGAAUUUGUCCCAUCGGCAGACGCGGACCGAGAGGAGUUUACAGAGAUAGUAGAAAUGGAGGACGACGACAGCGAUUUUGAGAUUCUUUAG